UCUACCUUUGCGCAGAUUUUGAAGCCAAGGUUUGGCAAUAAUGCGUGCUUGGAUGCUUACCCUCUUCGUUCUGAUGCUCGCAGCAGCCAUGUGCUUCACCAUGGCAGAGCCAGUACCUGUAAAUGCGGCAGAAGCGGACUCAGACGUCAGCAGCAUUGUCCGCCAGAAGAGACAAUUUCUGUAUGGAUACCCCAGCUACAGAACAUAUACAUAUUACUACGCACAUCCCAGCUACAGCUAUUAUCCUUCCUACUUUGUGUGGUAUUAAAUGAGGAUAACGCAUAUGACACAUUUAUCAUAUAAUAUAACUUUUUCACAUCUAUCCGUAUGCUUGUAGUAUGAUGUAGUUGAUGCUUGUAGCUGUAGAUUCAUGCUACUGUGCAGU